AUGUCGAAAUUCACCCCUAUUCCAGACUCUCUCACUGGGCUAGCUUGCUUCACUUUGACCUUGCACAUACCAAGAAGAACAAGAAGACCAACAACAACAACAACAACAACACCCACGACGACGAUGACGACGAUGACAACUCCCACCCCUGCUCCCAGCUCCCCCCCUCAUGCCGCUUGGAAUACCGAGGAAGGCAAGGAAUAUCUCCUUGCUGAGGUAUGGCGGCUGCUCCCUCCGGCGGGGGACGCCGAGGCUAAGGCUAAGGACAAGGCUGAGGAGAAGAAGGAGAAGGAGGAAGAGGAGAAGGAGAGAGAGGAAGUGGAGGAUGAGGAGAAUGCCCCUUAA